UCCGGGACUGGACGCGCUCCCCGAGUCGGCUGCAUGGACCCGCAGCCCAGCUGCGUCGUGGUGACGGGUUUCGGACGCUUUCUACAGCACCUGGUGAAUUCCAGCUGGGAAGCAGUGAAGGAACUCUCCAAGCUGGGCCUGGGGACUGACAUGGAGGUGGAGCUGCGGAUUCUCCAGCUGCCCGUAGAUUACAGGGAGGUGAAGCAGAGGGUCACCAGAAUCUGGAAAGAUUUUCACCCACAACUUGCUGUGCAUGUGGGUGUGGACAUUUCGGCCAAGGCAAUUUUUCUGGAACAGUGUGGCAAGAACCGUGGCUACCAAGAUGGUGACAUCCGGGGCUUCCGGCCAGAGGGCGGUGUGUGCCUGCCAGGCGGCCCAGAAGUGAUUGCGUCAAGGGUCAGCAUGACGACGGUCUGCAAACGCCUUGCCAUUGACGGUAUUGAGGUGACCUCUUCCCGAGAUGCGGGCAGCUCCUUCUAUGAGGGCCUCCCCAGAGCCUGAUGCCUGCACCAUACUCAUCAGCCUCCAGAAC